CCACAGCUACACCAUCAUAUUGGACAAAGCAAGAAGAGUUUCGAUGAGUUGGGACAUUAUCUCCGCAGUCAUGUGGGAGACCCUGCCAUGAAGGACUUCCUUCCACAAUUGAAAGAUCAUAUCCUGGACCACAUAGGGACUCCUGGAUCUUCUGUGGAGAACACCACCCUUACCAACCAAGAACAAAGUUCAAUUUUCUUCAAGCGCAAUAGAAUCUACCAUCACAAUGUCGUCAGGUUUAAUUAUAUGACGUAUGACAUAUGA